AAUACAACGAAUCACACGAAUGUAGAGAAUGUAAAGAAUACAACGAAUCACACGAAUGUAGAGAAUGUAAAGAAUACGACGAAUCACACGAAUGUAAAGAAUACGACGAAUCACACGAAUGUAGAGAAUGUAAAGAAUACGACGAAACACACGAAUGUAGAGAAUGUAAAGAAUACGACGAAUCACACGAAGAGAAUACGGCAAAUCGCACGAAUGCAGAAAAUGCGACAAAUCGUACAAAUGUAGAGGAUCCAGUGAAGAAAUAUACGGAUGUGAACUAUUUAGAAUUUGACCUAAUAUAUGAUAAAUAUGUUAAGAAACAUAAUAGAAUAGUUUCCAAGCUAUUAGCCAAACCUAAUUCAUCAAAACUUCCGAAAGUUGUCGUUGUCAAACCAGACUUGACGCAAGGAUUCGGAAACCGCAUACCUUCAAUGGUUUGUGCUUUUAUAUAUUCACUAAUAUCUGAUAGGCUAUUAUUUAUUGAUGGAUAUGAUAAUUUCUCAAGUUAUUAUGAGAAAGACUUUGAACACGAUUGGAAAUUUGUUGCAGAUUUGUAUAAAAACAGUACCUCUAGACAUUUACAUCAGGACAAUAGCUAUAAUGACUUUCCGUUGGUGGCGAGAGGAAACCUUAGCAACGAUAAAACUGAUAUUUUAUAUGUUUACACAUGGGAUUAUGUAUGUGCUCCAAUAAUAUCAAAUCCUCAUUAUAAGGAAUGGUUUAAUAAAGUAAUACCUGAUUAUAAAGUUUUUACAGUAAUCAGCCUAAAAUUAUUAAGAUUGCACCCAAAUAUUAGUAAACAAGUAGAGACUUUUGCGGAUAAUAAGUUUAAUGAUUAUAAUAUAGGAAUUCAUUUAAGACAGAAAAAGAAAGCAGAUGGAUUUAUAACAGCUGUGGAUCAUUACAUUGAGGUAGUGAAAAUGUUGAUGUUAGAAGUGAAAAACAAGAAUAUAACUGUCUUUGUGGCUGCAGAUAGUAAUGAUGGUCGUAAAAAAUUAGUAAAUUUACUUAGCAAAAUAAUUCCUUAUAAUAACAAUUCUAUUAAGAUAGUUCAUACUGAUGAUGAUAUGGAUGCACAAAAUCCUUUUAAUUCGAACACUGGUUCGGAAGUAGGCGCUCUUAUCGAUAUGAAGUUGCUUGGUUUAUGUGAUGACUUGGUGAUUACAUAUGCUUCUUCAUUCGGCUUCGUUGCUGCUGGAUGGUCGCAAAAAGUGUUUCGUC